AUGGCUCGCUCACGCCAGGGCCCAUCGAAUACAAUUGUGAUCAAAUUGGGAACAUCCUCAAUUGUCCAUGAGACUACCCACCAGCCACUGCUGUCAACGCUCUCGGCCGUCGUUGAGACGGUUGUUCACCUUCGUGCGCAAGGCCACAAGGUGGUGCUGGUCAGCUCAGGUGCUAUCGGAGUCGGGUUGAAGAGGAUGGAUAUGGCCCAUCGUCCAAAGAACCUGUCAGGCAAGCAGGCAUUAGCCGCAAUAGGUCAAGGGAGAUUGAUAGCAUUAUGGGACAAUCUAUUCAGUCAGUUAGAGCAGCCAAUUGCUCAAGUGUUACUGACAAGAGGCGAUAUCUCAGACCGGACUCGUUACUUGAAUGCCGUGAAUACGUUCAAGGAACUCAUAUCUAUGGGAGUUAUUCCUAUUGUGAACGAAAACGAUACAGUGUCCGUCAGCGAAAUCAAAUUCGGCGACAACGAUACUCUGUCUGCAAUCACGGCUUCGAUGAUACACGCAGAUUAUCUAUUCCUACUGACCGACGUGGAUGCAUUAUAUACCGCCAACCCACGAAAAGACCCGACAGCGAGGUCCAUAGAUGUUGUUUCGUCCAUAUCCACAAUACGCUCACAAGUCAGCACAACCACUCUUGGCUCCAGCCUUGGCACCGGCGGUAUGGAGACAAAACUUAUCGCGGCAGAGAUUGCCACAGCGGCAGGUGUCACGACUGUCAUUACCUCCAGUAAAGAUCCCAAGAAUAUCUUCAAGAUCAUAGAAUACAACAACGCGCUAAAAUCUGGGACUUCGACGCCCGCAGAGCCAUAUUCUGGCCGCUCAAGUCCCUCUUCAUCUCACGUUGCUAUCAAUCAGGUUCCAGAAGUUUCCGCGAAACCGCCCCCAAAUGACGUCCCGAGACCACUGCAUACUUUGUUCAAACCUUCGCCAAUGCCACUGCGCGAUCUCAAGUCCUGGACAAGUCACACGUUGCAUCCGUCCGGGAGUGUCAUCAUUGACAGCGGCGCACACCGCGUGUUGGCUCGCCGCGAGUCGGGUGGUCGAUUACUGCCCGCAGGUGUCCUUGGCAUCCGAGGAGCAUUUGCAUCGGGACAGGCAGUUCGUAUUCUCGUACGACGACGCCCUUUGAAUGCGAACUCUGAAGAACCAACCUUCAGCGAGAGAGAUCACAUCGAUGCACCAGGUACUUCUGAACCCAACACACCAAUAUUAUUCGCGAGCGCUUCUGUUACGUCGUCCAUAUCCACCUUGGAUCCUGGUCUCGAUGUUGCCGAUGAGCCUCUGGUUGAGCAUCCGCGCGAAGAGACGGAUGAAUGGGAAGUAGACGAAGUCGGACGAGGCCUUGCGAACUACAAUUCUGCGCAGAUCGAGAAGGUCAAAGGCCUCAAAAGUUCCUACAUCCCGCAACUGCUUGAAUAUGCGGAUUCCGAAUAUGUGGUAGAAAAUAUCACGAUUCGUGUUCCUCCGUGA